AUGGAUGCUCGAUCAAAGGAGCCCCCUCAAUCGCAUCGGUCAGGAAUUAAACGUCAUUGGGAUGACGAUACGAAAAUACCGGCACAAGGAGACGGAAGUGGUAAUGGUUGGCAUGGUGGAACAUUACCACCAAUUGAAGCUGUAGCAUUUCCGCGACAUCCAGUAUCAGACAAUCCAGACAACUGGGGGGUAGAAAACGACCAUUAUACUCAGAAUGGAGGAAGUUCGGUAAUGAAAAGGUCGCGCUAUGAGGGUAGUGAUAGCAAUGGAAAGCUGAGGGUGGUUGCGGACGUUCUUGGGAAGAUGCCCGCAUCACAGGCAUACUAUCCAACUAAGUAUGAUCAUGAUCGGACGAUUCACAGUACUUCCACUCUUGGGCAACCUUCCCGGUUGACCGUAAAUGGUCCGGUGGACUCACCUCAAGAUGUGUCUAAUAUAUGUCGUCAAUGCAGGCGGCAGAGUGUGUUUGAUCACGAAGAGGAAUCUUUACCAGAAUGCUGCGAGCAUUGCCAAAAGAACCCUGAGCUUGCCCUUGUUACGCAGGCUUGCAGCAUUGGGCUUACUCAGCUAGCGGAGACCCUCCGUUCGGGUAUAGAUUCCGAGAAGCGUGGUAUCAAUCCACGAAGAACUUCCUCCUAUAAGAACUCAAUCUUCUUAUCACCAUAUCCCUUUGCCCGUCAACAACACGAGCGAGAGGCUCCCAAGUAUGAAUCAUCCACCCGGCCCAACACGACAAUUACCAUCCCCACCAGGGCGAGCUUUUCCGUCUCCGACGUCAGCCAAUUUUUCAUCUCCCUCGGUGUCGGCAUCACACCCAGCAACGUUCUGCCCUCCAUCACAAACGAGCAGUUAUCGGACAGCGUAUUGCACGUUCACACAGCGGCGCUCCAACACGAGGUAUCCAUACAAAAGAUCGCGUUAUCAUCGCUGCAGGGCGAGCACGAUAAGCUCCUUGCUGCUUUCUCACGCUCUCAAAGUCGAGCAAGCGCCCUUGAGAAAAAGCACCAGGUUUCCGACAUAGAGAUUUUCAGCCUCACUGAAGAAAAAGCGAGAUUAAAUGCCCAAGUUCUCGAAUUGGAGGGAGACAUCGAAGAUCUUUCGAAAAGUAGGGAUACCUACAGGCAAGCAGUGGUACAAGAGGGGGCACAGUAUGUUGAGAUUGUGAAGAUGGCUAGUCAACUAGAAGAAAAGACCGGGGAAGAGAGAAAGAAGUGGAAUAAAAUGAAACUUGAGAUGGAACGAAGGAUUGAAGAAUUAAGUACGAAGAUAAAGAUCCAUACGCAAGACUCUAGCACAAUCUCACGCAUGCCGGGAGGAAUAGGAAGAAAUACACCAUCGUUUAGCGAGGACAAUAGAUAUGAAGGAUCAACUGGUAUUACAUCAGUAGAACCGACCAGCAGCACGCAGCUCGGUGCAAAAGACGACCGGGUAGAUGCUCUUAGAGCAGAGAUCGAGCGCCUGCGAGAGCGUUGUGAAGAAGUGGAAGCCGCACUGAGGGCAGUAAGGCAAGAAAGUCGAUUAAUGGAAAGUAUUAUCGAAGCGUUGGGCAGAACUGGAAGAGGUAUUCUACAAAAGGUUGAAAGUGUGUCUGUAAGUCCUAAAAUACAUGCUGAAUCGCAAUCGAGCCUACGACCCGAGCCAGACGAGGACCGCGUAUUACUCGAAGAAUAA